AUGCCUGGAAACAUCCGAUCAGUCUCCGCGGGGUGGGUGGUGUUGGUCUGUCUGUUGUUCUGCAGCAGACUGACCAACGUGGGGGCAGCACCCAUCUGCACUAAUGCCCAGGCCGGGUGCCACGUCCUCUCCCUGGCUAACCUGUUUGACCGGGUCAUCCAACACUCGGCCAGGAUGCACGGCAUUUCAAAUGACCUUCACUCCGAGUUUGAGCAGUACUUCCUACCCAGUAAGAAUCAGAUUGGCCGGGUCAGCCGCAACUGUCACACCUCUACAAUCCUCACCCCAAAUGGCAAAGAGAACGCUCAGAGGAUGGCGAGAGAGGAGCUGACGGAGGUGAUUCUGAAGCUCCUGGUGGCAUGGAGGGAUCCUCUGUGGCACUUCCACCAAAGCAUGGCUCACCAUGACUUCAACAACUUCAGCUCGAACAAAGCUCUCGAGAUGAGCGACAUGGUGCACGAGCUGCGCAAAGGUGUAGAGAAGGUGGCUGAGAAGAUGCAGAUGUUGGGGAUAAUAAGUAACUCUGUGAGCAGCCUGGCUGCCCCCGAGGCCUCGUUUCCGUCUGACAGCGCCGAGUGGCGCCCGAUGAAAGACUACGACCUCCUCUACUGCUUCCGCCGAGAUUCCAACAAGGUCCAGAACUACCUGAAGAUCCUUAAGUGUCGCAUUGUUCCAGAAUACGGAUGCUAA